AUGAUGACUCAUGUCUGCACCUUUGCCAGGGGCUUUGGAAACUUCCGUGCGUAUUCUGCGGCCAUCGAACGAGGGGAUCUGGAUUUUUGGCUUCACCUGGGCGACUACAUCUACGAGUAUGGUGAAGAUCAUUAUCCGGAUCCUUCAGAAACUGUAGUUCCAGGAAUCCAGCCAAGCAAAGAUGUGGUGACAUUGCAAGAAUACCGGCAACGGCAUGCUCAUUAUCGCCUGGAUCCGCAUUUGCAAAAGUUGGCAGCAAGCGCACCGAUGAUCGCUGUUUGGGAUGACCACGAAGUGGCGAAUGACGACUUCAAGGAGGGUGCUGAAAAUCACCAUCCCCAACAAGGGCCCUUCCAGGCCAGGAAGGUCGCAGCCAUCCGUGCCUAUCACGAGUGGUUGCCAACUCGUGUUAGCUUGGACCUGGCAGAUCCCUCUGCUGCUCCUUGGAUGCGAUGGCGGCGAUUUGACUUUGGCAGCCUUGCCACACUUCUUAUGCUUGAAACCAGGCUGGUGGCACGUACUACACAGGCGGAGAUGACUUCGCAGACGGUGCGAGCCAACAUCACCAAGGUUCUUAAUGGUGCCUGGGCGCUCUCGCCGAGUGCGUGGCCAGGUGGGAGGAUCGAGUCAAAAAUGCUCAAAAUUCGCGGAGAAGUCGAGGCUCACAGAAACAAAACGGAGAAGACAAUGCUGGGAGAAGACCAGCUAGCCUGGAUUUCGCAGCAGGUCCCCAGUAAAGGAAGGUGGUUCCUUCUGGGGCAACCACAGGUUGUGCAGGAGCUGAUGAGCCCGAACUUUCUAGGUGCCAUUGAGGACACGAGAAGGGGAGGUGACGAUGCUCUGGCUGAAUACUGGGCUGCCAUUGUCCACAAUCUCACCAAGCUGGGCUUCCUCUACCGGAACUUCACGCAGGUAGCAGCUGGAGCUUUGCCUGUGCCCCGAGAGCUCCGCAAUUCCUUCUUGGUGGACCUGGCAGCUGGCCGCUUCCGUAUCCAGUUGAACUUUGACAGCUGGACCGGCUAUGUGGCCGAACGCCAGAGACUGGCAGAAGCGCUUCGGCCUGCUCAGGGGGCCAUUAUCUACGGCGGUGACUCGCACAAUGCUUGGGCAGGAAAGCUCCGCGCUGAAGAUGGUAGUGUCGUGGCAAUGGAUUUUGACGGCAUGGCGGUGACGAGCCCCGGUGUAGAGUCUGAGCGGCCCUUCCUUCCUCCGAGUCUGGAAGCCACCGCCUGGAGAUCCAGCAACCCGGAUUUAGCUUGGGCAGACACAUCGAAGCGAGGAUUCAUGAUGGUGCAUCUAGAUGCCGACAGCCAUCACAUUGAGUACCUCGCAGUGGAUGUGGCUUCUGCGAGUGAAGGAGUCGGUAAGGACACGUCCUGCUUGGCAGCUUUCGAUGUGGAGCAUGGACUGGGCAACAGCGAACUGCGCGUGAGUACCUGCAGGCCUCCGCAGACGCGGAGUGCAACAGAGACUGUUGCCCAAACGGAUUCCGCGACAGCUGCGACUGUCCCGCUCGUGCUUGCGCUGCUCACCUGCUGCUUGGGAUGGUUGAUGGGCUGGUGCUUGGGGCGCCGCAGACUGUGGAAAUCGGAGAAGGAGAAGGGUGCACAGCGCUAUGCGCAGCACGUUGACGAGGCCGAGCAUGUGCCACCACAACGGAUGGGCAUCGAGCUGAGAUGA